GUCCUGGGUUCAUAGUAUAACAUGCAUAGCGGGUAACAUCACCGCCGACAAUGCUUAUUUAAAUAUAUUGAAAUAUUGUGAACAAAUAAGAGGCUUUAUAAAACGCCUCUUUACAUAUUUCUAGGGGAGUACUAGAUGUUAAGAGCAUGUAAAUAGUCAUCGCGGCUCAAUUGGCAGCAUGACUAAUCAAAACUUUUCAAUCCACAGCACGCCAUCAACCAAGCAAAGGUUUCUCCAAAAGGUCUAAAAGUAGUGGGUUGUGCUAUUCCUAAAGGCUUUUAAAAGUAUCAACAAUAUUUAGUGCAUUCAAACUUAAGCUUGGAUAAAAUGGUCCACGCCGACGCAUCCAACUUUGACGCUGGAGUCACAAAAGAAGAGGCUUAUGAACAAGUCCUUCUGCAAGCAGAGGGUCUGUUCUAUGAUCAACCAAACUGGGUCUGCAAUCUUUCCAACGCUGCAUCGCUCCUUUGGCACGCUUACAAGUCACUUCCGGCUCCCAGUAAGGAUGUAAACUGGGCAGGAUUCUACGUGCUCGAUUCGUCUUCUUCUUCACCACAACUUAUUCUCGGUCCAUUUCAAGGAAAGGUAGCCUGUCAAACCAUUCGCUUUGGCCGCGGAGUUUGCGGUACAGCAGCCGAGACACAAGUCACACAGUUGGUUGAUGAUGUUGAAAAGUUUCCUGGUCACAUUGCCUGCGACGGCGAUAGCAAGAGCGAGAUUGUGGUUCCUAUUGUCGUGGAAAACCAGGAGACAGGCGAGAAGAAGACAGUUGCCAUCAUUGAUGUGGACUGUGCGGAGCUGAAUGGUUUCGACGACGUCGAUAAGACCAACCUGGAGGCGCUCGCUCGCCUGCUUGCCAAAAGCUGCGACUGGAACCGCUUGUAAAUAAGAACAGUUUACAAAGUGGACAAAUAUAUAAUAUAAUGUGAUGAACCAAGCGGAUUUUCCAAUAUCGUACGACUGAUAAAGGGUAAAGGCUCUGUCGACGGUUGUUGCAACAACGUCCCUGAAUGGUGGGCUAUAUCGGCCUGCUGGGACGAUAAGACGACCGCCCUGCAUCAGUCGGUGAUUUCAAGACAAAGAGAGACGUGUAUAGAUUCGAUACUCAUGGCUACUGUAUAUCUAGCAAAAGGAUCUGUAGUCCUAAGAUGCGUUGUUAGACACUAGCACAGUUCCUUGGACAACAUUGUCUCUGACCUAGGAUCAUGUGGGUACGAAUAAUGCAUCACUUGAUGAAGGGAGGCGGCUGCCAGCAGCUCGUAUCGUUCAACAAUACCAAAUGCACUAAAAAGAGCCGACUUGUCAG